AUGAUGACCCCCCCUUUCCGCCUGGCAAGAGCAGCACUCGGGGCUCUCGUUUCCGUAGCUGUCGCUUUGCACUCGGCCGCAGGCGAGGAAGCGCCAUUCGGCCGCUUCAAGCUUAAGGCGCAUCGUUUCCUGCAAACCAUCAACUACUAUGACGACUCAGUCGAUAGUGGGCAUUACUGGACGAAGGACUUUCAGUAUGUGCCCGCGAGGCCAGCGGAACACUUUGGACCGGACUCCCCUAUACACGUGUCGGAAAGGAACGCCGUGCAAGAACAGUUUGGCGGUCUUCAUGAGCAUGAGAAUGAAUUGUUUCGAGCAGAAAAAGAGGGCCCAAAAGAGCUGCCAGACGGCAUACGCGUAGCUAGUGGACUGGCUGUUGACGAAAAAGGCAAUCAGUAUCGGGCAUACGGAAUGGCUCCAGGAGAGCGGCCGACGCCCGGAACCGUGCCUUUGUGCCGCGCGUACUCAAAUCCCGCUCUAUCACUGCAAGAUUGGGGGUCGCCGCCAGACUGGGUAACGUCACCAGAAUUCGGAGUAGUUCGACUGACAACAAAAGCAGCGGCUCCGGUUUCCAUACCAACGACGCUGUUGCUCAAAGAUCACGCUUGCAACGCGCUGGUUGUUUCAGCUAAUAUCCGGUGUGAGGAGAAGUCGGCCGCUGGUUUGACGUUUCGGGCAGAGAGUGACGCAAACAUGUACUCUGUGGUCAUCGACACUCCGGCAAAGGCAAGAAGUCUUCCCUCAGUGGAAGAUGGCAAACCCAGCACGAUUUCAGAAACCUUUGUGUCCUACCUUUAUCCCCUCAUGAGACACGAACUAAAAAUAGUUGACCACGGAAAAGAAGGAACAAUCGAGGUCUACCUAGACCAGCAUUUGGUCCUAACGCAUUCGGCGCCAUACACGAGUGUCGGCAAUGUCGGGGUGAUGGUGUCCGAAGGUCAUGCGUCAUUCGAUUACUUCAAGCUCAUGCCAUGA